AUGGCUACCAAGACCUAUAACGUAGGCGUCAUCGGCUACGGUUUCAGCGCCAAGAUCUUCCACAUCCCCUUCGUUGAGCAGCUUCCCGAGCUGAAGCUCUACGCGGUCGUUCAGCGUACCCCCAAGCCCGAUGAUGAUGCUGAGAAGGACCACCCCGGGGUCAAGUCCUACCGGACCACCGAGGAGCUGGUCAAAGACCCCGCGGUUGACGUGGUGAUCAUCACCACCGCCCCGGACUCCCACUUUGCCCUUGCCAAGCUGGCCCUGGAGUCUGGCAAGCACGUCGUCUGUGAGAAGCCGUUCACCCCCACUUUCAAGGAAGCCGAUGAGCUCGUCGCGAUUGCCAACAAGGCGAAAAAGCUGCUGGCUGUCUACCAGAACCGCCGCUUCGACGCCGACUUUGUCACCCUUUCUAAGAUCGUCAAGAACGGCUCGCUAGGCCGCAUCUCUGAGUUCGAAACCCACUUCGACCGCCACCGGCCCGAGGAGCCCUCUGCCGAUGCUCACAAGUGGAAGAACAAGGUCAUUCCUGGCGGCUCUGCCGUGUACGACCUGGGCACCCACCUGCUCGACCAGGCCGUGCACCUGCUCGGCCUCCCCAAGCGUGUGACCGGCUUCAUCGGAUCGGCGCGGGAGAACAACGCCUCGGGCUUCGAGGACUCGUUCACCGUGCUGCUGCACUACGCUAAGGGCACAAUGGUCACUGCCAAGGCAACCGUUGUCAGCCCUGAGGAGGAGCAGUUGCGCUUCUGGGUGCGGGGUGACAAGGGUAGCUUCAAGAAGUUCCACCUCGACAUCCAAGAGGAUCAGCUCAAGGCGGGCGUCAAGCCCCAGGACAACGGCUACGGCCGCGAGCCCAGUGAGCGCUAUGGUACCCUGACCACCAUCCAAAACGGCAAGCCCGUCAAGGAGAUCGUUCCCACCGUGGAGCCCCCCACCUACACCGAGUACUACCGCAAGCUGGUCCGCGCUCUCGGAGGCGAGGGCGAUCUGCCCGCCAGCGGCGCUGAGGCUGCGCAGGUCAUUCGCCUGAUUGAGCUGGCUCGGGAGAGCUCUGCUACAGGCAAGACCCUGGAUGUUUAA